AAAGGCCUAGCUGGAGACGAUGGACUCCUUGCCGAACCCCUACCAGCAGUCUGUUUCCCUGACUGUGUGUUACAUAGUGAAGAUCAAGGCAAACCUUCUGUCUCCUUUUGGGAAGAACCCAGAGCUUCAGGUGGAUUUCGGCACGGGUACUGGGCAAGGUGGCGACAUUCCAUUCCGUUUCUGGUACUGCGAUGGCAUCGUGGUGAUGAACACUUUAAAGGACGGGAGUUGGGGGAAGGAACAGAAACUGCAUACUGACGCUUUCGUGCCAGGCCAGCCAUUUGAGCUGCAGUUCUUGGUGCUGGAGAAUGAAUACCAGGUGUUUGUGAAUAGCAAGCCCAUCUGCCAGUUUGCCCACCGCCUGCCCCUACAGUCUGUGAAAAUGCUGGAUGUGAGGGGAGAUAUCGUGCUGACUUCAGUGGAUACGUUAUAAGGGGCAGAAGAUC